AUGCUGCUGGAAACCGAGCCCGAGCGGGACGGAGAGAGGCCCGGGGCCCCCGCGGCCACCGACGUCUGCGCCUUUGGCGGGACUCGGGGUAAGCUCGGCGCGCCCCAAGGCCUCGGGCAGGGCAGGAGCAUCGCAGGACAGGAUCCUUGGGCCACACAUGGACCCCGCCUGCCUCUGCAGCAGCUGACACUCAACGGCCCACACCCAGCGCUGGCACCCACCAAGCUUCAGGCUCAUGUGCUCUGGCCCUGUCCCUUCUGGGAACCCCAGCCCUCCCGGCGCGCACGAGCCCAGGCCGAAGCCGGCGGCAGCGCUCGGGCAGGAAGCGGCCGGGCAGCGCCCGCGGGCGACGCUUACCUGGAUCCUCCCCUGCCGGUCGCGCCCUCGGGCGUGCACGCGGGCCGGCGUCUGAACCGCGCAGGUCCGGCGCAAAGGCGCUUCGGGACCAAGUGCGCCGCAUGCCAGCUGGGCAUCCCGCCCACGCAGGUGGUGCGCCGUGCCCAGGACUUCGUGUACCACCUGCACUGCUUUGCCUGCGUCGUCUGCAAGCGGCAGCUGGCCACGGGAGACGAGUUCUACCUCAUGGAGGACAGCCGGCUCGUGUGCAAGGCGGACUACGAAACUGCCAAGCAGCGAGAGGCCGAGGCCACGGCCAAGCGGCCGCGCACGACCAUCACGGCCAAGCAGCUGGAGACGCUGAAGAGCGCCUACAACACCUCGCCCAAGCCGGCGCGCCACGUGCGCGAGCAGCUGUCUUCUGAGACGGGCCUGGACAUGCGUGUCGUGCAGGUUUGGUUCCAGAACCGCCGGGCCAAGGAGAAGCGGCUGAAGAAGGACGCGGGCCGGCAGCGCUGGGGACAGUAUUUCCGCAACAUGAAACGCUCCCGCGGCAGCUCCAAGUCAGACAAGGACAGCGUCCAGGAGGGCCAGGACAGCGAUGCCGAGGUCUCCUUCACUGAUGAGCCCACCAUGGCUGAAAUGGGUCCUGCCAACGGCCUCUACAGCAGCCUGGGGGAGCCCACCCCAGCCCUGGGCCGGCCCUCGGGAGCCCUGGGCAGCUUUUCACUGGAGCAUGGCGGCCUGGCUGGCCCGGAGCAGUACCGAGAGCUGCGCCCCAGCAGCCCCUACGGCGUCCCCCCAUCCCCCGCUGCCCCACAGAGCCUCCCCGGCCCCCAGCCCCUGCUCUCCAGCCUGGUGUAUCCCGACGCCAGCCUGGGCCUUGUGCCCUCAGGGGCCACAGGCGGGCCCCCGCCCAUGAAGGUGCUGGUGGGGAACGGACCCAGCUCCGACCUGUCCACUGGGAGCAGCGGGGGUUACCCCGACUUCCCUGCCAGCCCGGCCUCCUGGCUGGACGAGGUGGACCACGCGCAGUUCUGA